UCAAUGAAAGACACGACGCAGAACAGCAACUGAAACAUUUCUGAGACCAGACGGAGUUGAAAGUAUAUUUUUCGCUGUACUGUACGGAUUGCAUUCAAAUACCUUUCUAUGUUGUAGAGUCACGAUGGAAUUUGCUUGUGGGUUUGUUUAUGUGCCACCAUCAUUGAGUCAGAAGGAGAGACGUUAUCCAAACAUCAUUAAACGCUCAGCUCUUCUUCCUCCUAAUCAUCGCCUUCGCCCCCAGUCUCCUCCUCCUCCUCCUCCUCCUCCUCCGCCUAUCCCACCAAGAAAGCACCCUGAGACAGAGUCGGAAAAUAGCAAGGAUGGGAAGAGAGUCUUGGAGAACUCUGUUUUCUAUGAAAAUACUAUACUGGCAGCAGCUUCUUUGAACAGUGUAAAACCUGAGCAGCCAACACCACCUAAAAAGACAGCUCUUCUUCCACCUCCCCUGAAAACCAGAUCAGAGUCAUGUUCUUACGACCAGCCGCUCAUUUGCCCUCAAUCAAGUAUCAUCAAUCAAGAACUUGCCUAUGAUGUCCCAAAAACUGAGCCGGAUUUAAAUGCACAACCCCAGGACCCAAACUACUCUUACAGUGUACCAGAAGGCACUGGUGGGGAGGUGAACCUGCCGGCUGAUUCUGAUAUUGUGUCAUCACAAGCCCCAGCCAUCCCUCCAAGACCUGACUUCAUGAAUUUAGUCCCCGAGUACAUAAUGCCGUUACCUUUGUCCCACUCACCUCCUUCAACCUCUCCGAAAAUUCCUCUAUCGCCUAGUUCUAAAGAAACAGCAGAUCUGCCAGGAAAUCCUAACGUUGUUCUUGUAAGUUUAGGAAAAUUACUCUCAGAGGAAAAAGUUGACCCCAUACAAGGAGUACACAGCCUCUGCUCCCAAUGUGGCUCUGUGGUGGACACUUGCUAUGACAAUACGGUUGAUGAGUGUUACUUCUGUAAAUCCUCCAGUUUUUCCAACACACCCAGUUUACUGCAGAGUCCUCUAAAUGGUUACCAGGACGAACUCUUUUUACUCAAUCCCGAUGAAAAGCCUUUGUGCGAUACGGAUCCUCUGCUGCUCUUCUGCAUUGAUGUAUCAGGCUCCAUGAAAAUCACCUCUGAGGUGUCAGAGGGAGAGCAUACUGUGAAUAAAUCCCGUCUCCAGUUUGUCCAGGAAGCUGUGUCACAGUGCGUUGAGAGAUUAAGCGAACAACAACCUGGCACAAGAGUGGGGCUCAUCUCGUUCAACCAUGAGGUGACAAUGCAUGGAUAUGAGAAUUUCAAAUCCCGUUGCCUGAGUGGGGCUGAGUUGAUUGAAAGCCUCUAUUUGAAAGAGAUUGGAGCCAGUUUUCCUAGUCCACCUCCACUUUCACAGACAAAGGACUAUUUAGAAAGACAAGUUAUGGGACUGUCUGCAAGUGGAGCCACAGCUCUGGGCCCAGCUGCUCUGCUUGCAAUUGCAAUUGCCUCCAGACAACCAGGCUCAAAGGUGAUUAUCUGUACAGAUGGGAAAGCCAACACAGAGUUAGGAAAUCUAGAAGUGGAAGAUACUGAUGCUCUUACUCCCGUCUCAUCCACCAUCUUCUACCAGGAGCUGGGAGAGUUUGCUGCUGAUAACGGCGUCACAGUGUCUGUGCUGUCCAUAGAGGGAACAGACUGCAGACUGGAUGAGCUGGGGAAACUUGCUGAUCGUACUAGAGGAAAGGUGGUAAUAGCCAGUCCCAGCAGGCUGCAUCCAGAGUUUGAGCAGAUCAUUCAAAACCGGACCAUUGCCACACACUGUACUGUAAUUAUACUGCUGCCAAAAUCAAUGUGCAUGAAGGGAGAGAAGGAGGCGGGACACAAAGGGACCAGAGAGGUGGGGAAUGUGGAUCCAGAUACAGACAUCACCUUCCAGUUUAGAGCAAAUGAAAAGGUCUCAGAAGUGCCACCACCAUCCCCUGGUAGCCGUGUAUCCAUCCAGCUGCAGAUCAAGUACAGGCAGAGGAAUGGGCGGACCAUGCUCAGAGUGAUAACUGCAGACCGGGAAGUUACUGAUGACAGCUCGGCGGUGCUGUCCUCACUGUGUCUGGCCAUCAUUCAGCUCAACUCGUCACAGGCCAGCGCCACUCUGGCUGUCAGAGGUCGCUUGCUCGACGCCAGGAGGGAAGGAGACAUGCAGAAGCAGCUUAUUGAGAGAGCGAUAAAGCAUAACCACAGUGCAGAGGCAGAACAAACAUACAACCAAUGGGUUAAAACCAUGGAGCCGAUAUACACCAACUUCACACAGAAAAACACUGUCAGCUCAGACUCAGAGUCUCUCACAGACGCUGCUGCAGCUCUGUUCUACACCAUGAAGCAGAGAAACAAGAAAUCUAUCUCAGAAUAAACACAAGGCCCAGCCAACUGUCCUCCUUCACCUUUUACCUCGUUGGAAAGCAACUCGAGUCUGAAUGACGAGGCCAAAUGCUGCACUUAGACUUUGAUUAUUUGGCUGGAUGGAUAUCCCUCAAAUAUUUCACAUUGUAAAUAAUGCAUUACAGUAUAUCUCACACCUCA